AUGGUCAAUUGGAGCUUCGUCGCGCUGCUUGCGCUGCUGGGUGUGGCGACCGCGGUGGUCGCGCCUGGCUUUCCUAUCCAAGAAACCGCCAAUGCAAACCUCACACUCACUUUCGGCACGAAUAAUGUGUCUCCGGCUGGCGAGCUGAUCCCGCGACCUGACACAGCGAGCCCACCGAACAUCACAACGCCAGUAUGGACAUCUGCCGGCAAAGCCGUAGUGAUGAUGGUCGACAUGGACGUUCCGCGGAACGGGACGCGAGUGCAAUUGCUCCACUGGCUCGUCUCCAACGUCACCCUCUCCUCCUCCAGCAACGACAACACCACGCUCUCGAUCCCCUCCCCCGGCGAAGCGUCGUACCGCCAGCCCUCGCCGCCCGUCGGCGACACCCCGCACGCCUACACCAUCCUGCUCUUCGCGCAGCCCGCGAACUUCAGCGUGCCCAGCCAGUUCGCCGACGUCCUGCAGAGCAGGGUGUUCUUUGACACGAGUGCGUUUGUGGCGGCGGCUGGGCUGCUGGAGCCGGUUGCCGCGAAUUACUUUAGGGUGCAGAAUUUGACGGGGACGCCGACGCAGAGCUUCCCGCCGCCGAGGAGCCCGAGUGCGACGCCCGGGAAUGGGAGUAGUAGUACGCCGGUUGCGAGUCCUGGGGGUGCGGCGGGCUUGGGGUUGGGGGAUAGGAUGGGGUGGGCGGUCGUGGGGACUGCGGUGUUGGCGGGGGUUAUGGCGGUUGCGCUGUAGAGGGGGGAUCAAGGGUGAUGAUGGAGAUAUAAGAGCGGUGGCAUGGGUAGAUUCGGUGUUCGGUUUCCAGUGUACAGGUCAAAGAAAGUCAUCUUUCAUGGUCAUAAGGGGUCCAUAUGCAGUGAGCAUCCUCAGGGACAUCAACACUUUCAUAUUUCAUAUUUCAUAUUCAAGGAAGACUUGUUGUCGAACGUCUCAAGGCGCCGUGUGAUUGCAGCUGCCAUGGGGGAAGGAUGGAUGGGAGCAGAGAUCCAAUGUAGGGCUAUUUCCCGCGCCCUGAUUGGCUGCCGCGGCUACUGCGGGCGGCAUUGCGAAAUCGGUCUUGCAUGCUGCGUUCGGUAGCGGGGCAGUCAGAUCGCGGGGCAGUCGGGAGAAAGGCGCUGCCUCUGACGCCUCAACAACGUCCUGGGUCCUCAAUAGCAGCCUUUGCAUACUCAAUUGCUUUCUCAAAGGUACCCCCGUACCACAUCGACAGCU